AUGGGACUGUUAGCAACCAGUUCGGAGGCUCGAGCCCCUGUCACCGUUGACCUCCGCCAGCAUAAGCAUUCGAACCCGGAUGUCGUUACUCACGUACUCCAAGCUGUCGACAAGCACUCAGGUGGAGUUCCCGGCCUUGCAAUCACUUCAGAGACACAUGGAUACGCUCUGAGAUAUUCGAUUUGUCCUCUAUACUGGUACGGCAACUUCAAAGUGGGCGAGAGCGACGAACUCUCACUCAUCAUCGACACCGGCAGCCCGGACCUUGGCAUCAACCCGGGCGUGUACAAGCCGUCCUCGCAGUCCCAGAAACUCAACAAGACCGGUUAUUUCAAGUACGAAGGGUGCGGUUUGACAGGCUUUCAGUACGAGGCCUACGCCACGGUGUCCUUCGCCGGGCUGCAAGCAACGAACCAGACUUUUGGCAAUGUCGUCAAGUCUUCUGCAGCGACACCUGCGACAGAGACUGAGUACUCCCAUCAUGGCAUUGCAGGCUUUAUGGGACGCUUCUCCGGAGAUACACAAUUGGGCGGCGUCCCAUUCUUUCUCCAGCUUUGCAACCAGGGCGCUGUAGAGGAAUGCCGGUUUGGCCUCGCGUAUGGAACUUACGGCGUUGGCAAGCAGGUCCUUGGGGGUCUCGACAACUCGCUGUACGAGGGACCACUCUCGGAGGCGACUUACUUCAACAUCACCACGGAGGUGGGCAUUGUCUACGACGCAAGGGACGGCAAGACGCAGGACAUGAAACCCGACCUUAUCGUCUUCGACAGCGGAUCGCCAAGUGUCGUCGGUCUGAUUGACCAAGUCAAAGAGCUUUUUGACGGCCUCGGCAUCGAGUCUGUCUCGCAAACAGCGAAGGGGGGUGAAGAGGGAGACCGAAAGUUCCUCUCUGGCUUCUAUCCCUGCGAUUCUCCGCCCAAAGUGGGCUUCACCAUUGGCGGAAAGAGCAUUUUCAUCGAGCCAUCCGCAUUUAAGCUGUGGGACAAUGGCAGCAAUAAGUGCACGGCUUCGAUCGCAGGAAUGGACAUGGGGACAGGCCCCUCGUUGUGGCUCGCUGGCCAAAACUGGUUCCAGGGCAAGUAUGUGGACUUUGAUCAGGGCAAGGGUAGCAGCGGAGUGGCGACACUGAAGGACAAGACGAUGGCUUUGUCUUCGUAG